AUGGCGGUGUACAGCUUAGAAGUGACAACUGGUGACAUGGCAUAUUCAGGAACAACUGACUGUGUUUUUGUCACCUUAACUGGAACCGAAGGAGAGAGCGAACGCACCAAGUUAGACAACUUUGGCAUAGAUUUUAGUGCUGGGAAGACGGGGAGCUACACCGUGAAAACCAGUUCACCUCUGGGGAAACUCCUCCUUGUCAAAGUGGAGAAAGAUCCCUUUUUAUUUCUCCCGGAAAACGAGUGGUUCUGCUCCCAGAUAGUGGUGACCACCCCGGAGGAAGAGCUUAUCCUUUUCCCCUGCCACAGAUGGGUGUCCAGGGGGGAAAAUGUAGAACUGAGAGGAGGGAAAGCCAUGAAGGUUUUUGAGGAUGAUCAUCCGCUGCUGAUCGACCACCGGAAGAGAGAGUUGAUCCUUCAUAACCACUUGUAUCAAUGGCGCACAUUUGCUGAGGGAGUAUCCCGCGUCUCCAAUUUCAACGAUAUGUCCGAGCUCCCAGCUGAGAUCCGUUUCUCCAUGUCCAGAGCCCUUGAGAUUAGCUAUACAAAAAAGACUGCCUUAGCUGAACUCAAGUUGAAGGGGUUGAGUGAAUCAGCUGAUGCGUGGGAAGACAUUGAGGCCAUGAAAAAUGUAUUUUGGCUCAGGAGGACACCUAUCUCAGAAUAUGUAGCAGAGCAUUGGACGGAAGAUGACUUUUAUGGAUUCCAGUUUCUGAAUGCAACCAACUCCAAUGUGAUCCAACGCUGUAAGAAGCUUCCCUCCAACUUUCCCGUCACAGAGGAGAUGGUGAAGCCCUUCCUGGAGGACGGCAGCACUCUGCAGAUGGAAAUGGAGAAAGGCAAUGUAUUCAUCUGUAACUACAAGAUGAUGGAUGGCUUACCCACAAGAAUGGAGAACGGUGAACUGCUGCCUCUCACUGCAGGGCUCUGCUUGUUAUACUCAAACCCAGAAAAUAAACUGAUGCCUAUCGCAAUACAGCUUCAUCAACAACCUUCAGUGCAGAACCCUAUUUUCCUUCCCAGUGAUCCAGAGACUGACUGGCUGCUAGCCAAGAUGUUUCUGAAAAACGCAGAGGCCAUCCAGUACCAGAUUAUCUAUCACCUCUUGAACACUCACUUUCUGACUGAAGCCUGUGCUGUUGCGACCUUUAGAUGCUUUCCUGUAAUUCACCCCCUCUACAAGCUGCUGUUGCCCCAUUUCCGGUACACCAUCCCAAUAAACACUGUAGGCCGUGCUCGUCUUCUCGGGUCCGGUGGAGUUUUCAGUGAAAGUUCACUGGGACCGGACGGGCUGAUAGCGCUAAUGAAAAGAGCUCUCUCUGAGACGACCUACAGCUCUCUGUGUCUGCCAGAGAACAUCGCAGCUCGAGGACUGGAGUCUGUCCCCAACUUCUACUACAGAGAUGAUGGACUGAGACUGUGGAGCAUCGUCAACAGCUUUGUUGAGGCAGUAGUGAAGAACUACUACCCCUCAGACUGGGAGGUGUGUAAAGACUCUGAGCUACAGACAUGGAUCAACGAGAUCUUCACCAAUGCCUUCUUCGAAAAUGCCAGCUCAGGAAUCCCUGCACACUUUCACACUGCAGAGGAAGUGAUUAAGUUCAUCACCAUGGUCAUCUUCACAGCGUCAGCCGGACAUGGUGCGGUCAACAAUGGGCAGUUCGACUACCAUAGCUGGAUCCCAAACAGCUCUCUCCUGCUCCGCAAGGCUCCUCCAUACGCUAAGGGGCAAGCUACCAUGCAGACCGUUUUGGAGACACUGCCCAGCGUUGGACAGACAGUCAACUUUAUGUCCACUGCUUGGUUAUUGGGCAAGAAAUACGGUGACAGAAUUCUUCUCGGUUCAUAUCCUGCUGAACGCUUUGAUGAACUUGCCGUCAAGCAGAUGAUUAAAGAGUUUCAAGCAGAGCUGCUCUAUCUCAGCGAAGCCAUUGCAAAGAGGAACGCAGAGCUUGUGGUGCCGUACAACUACUUAAACCCUGCUGAGAUUGAAAACAGUGUUUCCAUUUGAAUAGAUCAGUAGGCACAAUUAAAGAGGAUCUACUGUGUGUGAAACCGACGAAUCUUCUAAACAAAAUGCUUUUUUUGGGUAUAGCUUUGUGUUCUCUUCCUCCAAGAACAGAUAUAAACUAAUUUUAAUGCCCGUAUGUAUAUCGGGCAUUGAAUGAUGAUGAGUCUGAUGAUUCUAAGGAGGAUUUUGCAGCUUAACGUAUUUCUCAGCUGUUGUGUCAGGGCUCAUCGCUUCAUCUGACUUGAGUUGGAGCUCUUUGGUUCACCAUAAAUAAAU